AGGUCAUCAUGGUGAUGGUUGUGGAGUACGGAUCUCUUCCUAGGAGGAAGGAUUCGCCCAGUGGCAAGUCGAUGAGCCUGCGGGCAACCGCGACUUUCAUCGCGUCUGCAACCCUCGUCCUGGGCAGCAUCGCUGUUAUUGCUGUGAUCGGGCAGCAGAGAGCUGGGCCAAGCGUCCUCGGGUCCUCGUUUGCCGCCGACAUUGGGAGCGGUCUUCCCUACGACACGACCAAUGCCCCAGAGGGGGUCAAGAACAUCUGGUACUCGCCGGAACAGGCGUGGGAGGGCAUAGACGAGGUGCUUCCAACGGAAGCUCAGGCGUGGGAGGAUCAGUCGGACCCCGCAGUUGGAUAUGCCUUCAAGAACCCAGGCUCCGUCACUUCGGAGAAUGGAUGGGCUGGAUACUAUGAUACUGUGCUGCAUGACGGGGAGGAGACAGAGGUCCUGCCCGAUGAAACUGUGAACUCAGCUAUGGAAUACGACCCAGUCCUUGCAGGAACCAACUCCUUCUGGGGAGAUCGUGGCGGCCAGAACGUGAAGGAUCCCGCGCCAUGGUCGAACAAUGAGCCGAUGACGAUCGCUGAGUACACCAACGGAGACUACGUUCCCUACAGCUACGCCGUUGGAGGUCCUUCGCACUCGUCCGUGGGCGAGGAGGAGGAGGAAUCCUAAGGGAACGAGCCGAGAUGGGCUGAGGACAAGUGUUCCUAUACACA